UGGGGGGCGUGGCCGCCGCGGCCGCCCGCGCCUCCGCGGGCCGGGGUGGCGUGGGCCCUGAGCGGCGCGGGCCCCUGGCGAGCAGUGGUGGUUGCGGACGCGGGCGACGGUGCGCGCUGGCUCCGGCCUCUGCACUCGGCCGCGAAGUCACCACUGCUGUUGUGGCGCCCUCCCGCGCCCGCGCCCGGCUGGGUGAAGCGCCAGCGCGGGUACGUGCUGGCUGCGCGAGACGUGGCGCGCCUGCGCAUUCUGGUGGUCAACGACACACAUCCUGACGGCUCACUAGCGCCGGAGACUGUCACCCCAUACACUAACUUCAACUACAAAAGGAUGCUCUUUGACUCCAGCUCUCCGAUUGUGCUCUCUGUUCUUAGUUUGAAGUUGCCUACCAUUGCCAAGAACGGACCAAGUUUCCUCGAUUCGCAUAUCACGCUUAUGGACAAUUUAUGGGAGUACCACACGACCUUUCGGGGAAUUUUUUUCCUCCAAGAUUCCUUUGGCAAAGCUGUAGGACUGUUCAAAGACCAUCGCCAAAUCGACGAUUGGUUAUUACUAGAGGAGGAUUAUAUUUUCGAACUGGCUACCAAUGAGAUAGAAUUAUAUUCACGUACCAUGAAAGGUCACGAGCUACAAAUAUUUCGACCAGUGUAUCUAAAUCAAUAUAUAUUUUCUAAUGGAUGGAAAGUGAAUUAUGUCGAUCAAGUAAUAAUGGAUAUAUUAGAAGAAAAACUUCUUUUUCGUUUUUCUGAAUCUUGGACGUUUCGCCGUUGGAAUAAUGAGUUGAGAAGCAAUCUUCCGGAAUCGCAACACGAUGAACUGCUCAGCAAACUCCUGUCUAACUACGUGAGCUACGGGAUUUCGCCCAUCGCUGCCCAGUUUUCCACGCACGACGACUGGUCGCUGGAUGGCUUCCAGUGCGUGCAGGCGACAUGGGUCAACAUCCAUCUGCUGGGCCGCCUGUAUUCGCUGAUGACCAACCCGCAAAGGUACCCGGAAAUCGACUCCAUGGACCAACUGGCAGCCUCCGAGCUGCCCGUGGUCACCUUCAAAUACACCUGGAGAUGCGAAUUUCAAGAGCGGGUUCGUGAACUCUGCGCUCGGUCGCCCACAUGUCGAAGAUUUCCCCUGCAAGACGUCCUUCUCGUAACGAUUGAUGAAUUCCAAAAGAUGGUGACGGAAGAUUCGGACAUGGCAUUUCUUGUACGUUCCGACUUCUGGGUGACUCCGUCAGAUGAAAUCUUAUUCAGAAGGAAAGUGCACGUUCUCAAAGAACCUCUCAGCGCCAGUGGAAAAUGUCUAGGCAUUACGGAAAACUGGCCAUGGAAGCACCGCGUCGAGGAAAUCGUGUCGCUAAUGAAAGAAGCGGGCCUGUACCAGCACGCUGAGGCUAUGUUCAUCCACGUGUCCAAUGCCUACUUGCGAAUGGACGACGCCGUGGAGGAGGGACCGGUCGCCUCGACCACCGACGAGGUCACGACGCGCGCCCGCGUGCUGCAGUUGGCAGACCUGCUCCCGCACCUGGAGCUACUGCUGGCGGGUCUUCUGCUGGCAGCACUGUGUCUGGGAUGGGAACUGACGCACCGGCCCGUGGCCAGGAUUCGUCAGGCUGAACAGAGGUCCAUGUUUGGAGAACGACAGGAUUUUUGCAGGUGGAGACAGUUCAAAAUGGAGUUUUACAUGGUAAUUGGAGAUACAAAAUAAAGAAAGAAGAAAAGGGACAGAAGAAAAAUUCUUUGGAAAAAUAUAAAUUGUUAAGGUUUUGUUCAGAGUGAAUGCAAAAUAAAAUUAUAUGAAAAGUGAAUGUGGAAGAAUAUAUUUUGCAUCAAUUGGUGUCUUUGUAAUAUAAUAUGAAAUACUUCUAAUGAUGUAUGAGGAAAUGUAGUUUGUAGAUGACAUUUAAUCUGCAUAAAUAAUUAACCAUGACAAUAAAUUAAAAUGUCUGUAAUUUGAUCCAAAUGGAAUAAAUAAUUGAUUUUGAGAACUUACAAAUAAUGAAUGCAGAUGAAGGGGUAACAAAGUAUGUUGUAAAAUAAGUGGAAUUUCAUGGAAUGUUAUGUACUUCAUGCUAAAUAUAAAGUUGUAUGCAUAUUGAAAAUAAAUUGUUAUGUGGAAUUGAAAGAUGAUUUAUCAUGUAUGAAUUGAAUGUUAUCAAAGAUAAAUUUUGCUAACAAUUAAAUCAGUGUACUUAUUGCAAAGAAUAAUAAUUUAAAUAAAAAUAACAGAAAUAUGACAAGAUCUGAAUGGUACUUACUAAAGUGUGUACAUACUUGUAACAAUUAUAUUAAUUGAAAAUCAUGUAUAUUUUGUUGUUUUAGUGUUACUAAGAUUUGACUUAUUUAUAUGGUGAUAAAUAGUUUAAAACUAAGUAUACUUAAGAAACUUCAAGCUUUAAAUAAACUGUAUACAAAGAUGAGAAGAUAUACUGUUUAUAAAUUUAACAGAAAAUAUUUAUGAGGUUUCUUUCAUACUGUUUGUUUCUACUUGUAUUACUUACAUGUAUAAAAAAU